GAGUUUGUUAAUUUUAGCGAGUAGAUACCCUCUGCAGCACCUGAGGACAGCACAACUUUUAGCGACUUUUGGCGCUAAGUCGCAGGGUUACCUUUUAACAUCUUCACUGCAUCCACGCCACGACGUUCGUCGCAUAACUCAACAACACCUAAAGACAACAAAGCGUCGUACCAUGGAAGCAAAAACAUAUGAAGCUGAGGGUGUUCGUAUUGCCGUCGAGGGUUGUGGCCAUGGCACGCUCGAUGCGAUUUACGCCUCUGUGGCCAACUCUUGCAAGGCUCGCGGUUGGGACGGCAUAGAUCUUCUUAUCAUCGGAGGGGAUUUCCAGGCCACUCGCAAUGCCGCAGAUCUUUCGGUUAUGUCAGUGCCGGCCAAAUAUCGCCAACUCGCCGAUUUUCCUGGCUAUUACACCGGCGAAAAGAAGGCGCCAUACCUGACCAUCUUCAUUGCUGGAAACCAUGAAGCUAGCUCGUACCUAUGGGAGCUUUACUACGGUGGCUGGGUCGCGCCCAAUAUUUACUACUUAGGUGCAGCUAAUGUGCUACGGUUCGGACCCUUGCGCAUAGCAGGGAUGAGCGGUAUCUGGAAGGGCUUCGAUUAUCGCAAACCACAUCAUGAACGUCUGCCGUUUAGCCAGGACGACAUCAAGAGCUUCUACCAUGUGCGUGAGAUCGACAUACGUAAGCUCCUUUUGUUGUGCGAACAGGUUGACAUCGGGUUGAGCCACGAUUGGCCACGUGCGAUAGAGAAUCAUGGGAACGCUGGAGCGCUAUGGAAGAUGAAGCCCGACUUUAAGCAGGAGAGCUUCGACGGCACACUGGGAAAUCCCGCGGCCGAGUAUGUUAUGGAUCGGUUGAGACCUGCAUAUUGGUUUUCAGCGCAUAUGCAUUGCAAAUUCGCUGCCAUUAAAACCUACAAAGCACCCGGCGACACUACGGAGACAACGAGCGGAGAAGUACAAAAACAGGAAGAACCUGUCCCAGCAGCCUCUUCCAAACCCGCUGCUGCAAAUCCCGACGAGAUUGAUUUAGACCUAGAAGAUGACGAAGACGCCCCUACACCAGCUGAACCCCCUAAAGAGUCCAAGCCCGCACUACCUGCAGACGCCACCGCAGGCGGGGUAGUCAGUGACGAGCUUCUCGCGCAGCUACCAGCAUCCUUCGCUAAACCAGCACCUAAGCAGCCAAAGAUUAACCCGGGCCAACCUGUCCCACCCACUAUCACAAACACUACCACCCGCUUCAUCGCCCUAGACAAAUGUCUCCCAGGACGGAAAUUCCUGCAACUAUGUUCUGCUUUCCCCGUCGACCCUACACAUUUAACUACAUACCCACCCUCCGCCGAUUCUAAACAACGCUAUCGUCUACAAUACGACCCCGAAUGGCUCGCUAUAACGCGCGUUUUCGGGCAAUACCUAGCCAUCGGCGAUCGCACAGCACAGACGUCGGCGGAUCUAGGUGAAUCAGCUUACCAGCCCAUGAUCGACAAAGAACGUGCAUGGGUCGACGAAAACAUAGUCCAAGCGGGCAAACUCGAUGUCCCCGGAAACUUCUCCAUCACAGCUCCGCCCCAUCGCCCUGGAAUCAACCCCGACAGUGUCGAUCACCAACCUGAUGAAUACACAAACCCGCAGACAACGGCGUUUUGUGAACUGCUUGGUGUACCGAAUCUCUGGGACGCGAGCCCCGAGGAGAGAGCGGAACGGAAGGCAGCGGGCCCGCCUGUUUCGGAGCCGAGGAAUUAUAAUCAAGGUGGUGGUCGUGGUGGGAGGAAUAGGUAAACUCAUGCUAUGACACACAUCUCAAGCUUCAUGAAAAUUUCAUGAUACCGAUGAGUUUAUAGCACGAGGAUUGUUUCUACACAAGGUCACGUAUGAAGGAAUAGUAAAUUAAAUACCCCAAAAUAGAUCUGGUAAUAAAAAAACGUUGUAUUGAGUAAUGUGUUCUACUGGAAUUUGGAUGUAUCCCCACCUAAAAAGCAUGGUCUCAACAGAGAAACACAAGCCACGCAGAGUGCGGGGGAUAAGAUAUAUCAAUCUUCCAUCUGUUGUAGGCGAUUCAACACACGGGAGA